AUGUCCCCUUCUACUGCUACUGCUACUGCUACUGUACGCACGGAAUCCCCGGAUACAGGGUCUCGGCUGCUGGAGCACGACUCGACCCUGAUUGUUGGCCAGUCGGUGUCUCUGACUCUAGGGAGUGACUCUCUUGCUAUUGUCGAAUCCAAAGAAACCCACGCCAUCUCGCUAUACAACGUCCUCGACGCCGAUCUCUCCCCCGCCGGCCUAACCAUCACCUAUGCGAAACCCGCGACCAAAGACGAUGUCACCGUCAACGCCCUACAAUACCCCAUCAGCGACGAAGAGAAAAAGAAUGCCGACUCAUGGGUCCAGAAACUCCUCAACCUUGCAUACGGUGACGCCCUGCGCUACAAACGUCUCAAGGUCCUGAUUAAUCCCUUUGGCGGAAAGGGUUCUGCAUCCGCGUUGUACAACAGCUAUGCGGCGCCGAUAUUUGCCGCUGCACGGUGCAGGGUUGAUGUGCAGACGACGUCGCACAUGGGCCAUGCUACGGAGAUUUGUGAGAAGAUUGAUGUGAACGCGUAUGAUGCGAUCGUGUGCUGUUCUGGGGAUGGGUUGCCGUAUGAGGUGUUUAAUGGGCUGGCGAAGAAGGUGAAUGCGAAGGAGGCGUUGGCGAAGGUGGCUGUGGCUAUGAUUCCUUGUGGCUCGGGGAAUGGCAUGGCUUGGAACCUUUGCGGGACUGGAAGUGUUUCGGUGGCUGCUUUGGCUAUUGUCAAGGGGUUGCUGACGCCUAUGGACUUGGUUUCGAUUACUCAGGGGUCGACUCGUACGCUUUCGUUCUUGUCACAGUCGUUUGGGAUCGUGGCGGACUGUGAUCUGGGAACUGAUGAUAUUCGCUGGAUGGGUGCGCAUCGUUUCACUUACGGUUUCCUUGUCCGGCUCAUGCAGCGGACGGUAUACCCGUGCGAUCUGGCGAUCAAGGUGGUUAUGGACGACAAGAAGGCGAUCAAAGACCACUAUCUCUCAUACACGCAGCGAGAACCCAUCAAACGCGAUCCCCAAGAGACUGUCGGUCAGUCCGGGGGUCUGCCCGAAUUGCAAUACGGCACGGUAUUGGACGACCUUCCGGACGAUUGGGAGGUUGUCCCAGGCGAAACGAUGGGCAACUUCUACGCGGGUAAAAUGGCUAUCGUGUCUAAGGACACCAAUUUCUUCCCUGCCGCGCUUCCCAGCGAUGGUUUGAUCGACAUCGUCACCGUCGACGGAACUGUCCCUCGCAUGACAACUCUCAAAAUGAUGUCCGAAGUGCCCAACGGCGGAUUCUUCGACAUGCCAGAAGUCACCACCCGCAAGGCCGUCGCGUAUCGCCUCGUCCCCAGCGAAAAGGAAGGCUUCAUCAGCGUGGACGGCGAAAAGGUUCCCUUCGAGGCAUUCCAGGUAGAAGUCCACAAGGGUCUGGGCACCGUGCUGUCGAAGUCUGGUCAUCUGUAUGAAGCGGAGGGACCGAGGAUGUGA